CCCCCUCCCCGUCUGUGGCAGGUUACAGCCCUAUAGAGCUGACGCUGAGCUCCUCAUUGUUCACCAGGCAGCUGGUCGCCUCGGCAUUGCGCCACUGAGCCGUAGAGACAGACCCAGCCCUGAUUCUCUCCUCUCUCCUCCUCACACUCUCUCCUCUCCGCCCGGCAACAUCCCGCUCGGCUCUGCUCCUCCAGCCAACAUGGCAAGCACCGUAUCAGCCUACAAGGAGAAAAUGAAGGAGAUGUCUGUGUUGUCUCUGAUCUGCUCCUGCUUCACCGCACAGCCGCACCCCAACAGCAUCUACCAAUAUGGAGCAGACAUGGAGGUGAAGCCCAUUAACAAGCGGCUCUCGGGUCAGUCCUUCGAGGUGAUCCUGAAGGCGCCGGCGGACCUGUCCCCCGACCGUCCCCAGCCCCUGGCGUCCCCGCCCAAGAAGAAGGACAUGUCGCUUGACGAGCUCCAGAAGCGGCUGGAAGCGGCCGAGGACAGGAGGAAGUCCCAGGAGGCCCAGGUUCUGAGGCAGCUGGCGGAGAAGAGGGAGCACGAGCGGGAGGUGCUGCACAAGGCCCUGGAGGAGAACAACAACUUCAGCAAGAUGGCUGAGGAGAAGCUCAACCACAAGAUGGAGGUCAACAAGGAGAACCGCGAGGCCCACCUGAACGCCCUGAAGCUGCGGCUCCGCGAAAAGGAGAGGCACGCUGCCGAGGUCCGCCGAAACAAGGAGCUGCAAGUGGGGCUUUCCGGCUGAAGACAUUUUCUAUGACUUUCCUGAGAGGUUCCCAUGUCUGAAGAGUUUUGGCUAGGAAAAUGCAACUUUUUUUAAACUUUCUGUAUCCAAGAUCAUACAUACAUACAUACAUACAUCACUCUGCAUCUAUUAAUCUCAUUUGUCAUGCAGUAGGGUAACCGUUUCUAAGUAGAUUAUUGCAACUAGUUCACCGAUCACCACGUCAGUCUGUAUUCUGCCAGUGAAGGUCCACUGAUAGUGAAUCAGCUGCUCAGCCUUCAGGCUUUCACUUUUUUUUUUCCUUUGCAGGAGUUCGAAACACGUGAUUUCAGAUUCGAAAGCAGACAUAGUGCUUUGAAUGCAGAAGCUACAAAUCACUGACUGAAAGCCACUGCAUUAAUCAAAUGCAGUGUGAUGGACCACAUAGUGACAUGCAAGUGUAACGGUCACCUGUCAGUACUCUUUUGUGGGAAAGGUACAGUAUGUUUGAAGGCUUUUCAUAUUUGCUCCAGGAGUAUUUCAUAAAGCAACAUUACCAGAAUCUUAUAGUGAAAUUAUGACCAAUCAUUAUUAUAUUAUAGUCACCAGAUCUUUAGGCCAAAUCUUGAACACAAGAAUGAAAGAGUGUUUGCUCUUAAUAGUCACCUAUACUAGACUGAAGCACAACCACACUUGAUAAAUGUCCCAUCAGGUAAAACACUAGAGCUCGAAUCCCAUCGCAAAGACCCUGGCAUUAGCAUCACCGUAACUGUCUGUUCCAAAUAUUUACUGAUUGUAUGUGCUAGUGUGUGUGCAAGAAUCGCUCAAGACUUUUUUUUCCCUGUCUUAUUUCUGCAGUAAGUAGUUAGUAGGAACCAAAAUGUGCAAGAUGUGAUGCCGCGCAAGAGUGUUUGCUUGAAGUAGAGCUCUGCCCUGAAGCUUGUUAAUCAUUUCACCUGUAAAUACCUUUUAAUAAAUGCGUCAAUUACCAUCCCCUGCCGUCCUGCACCAUUCCGUAUUCCUACAGACCGCCCCCUCGACCCCUCUCUGCUCUGCUGUUUGUACAUACGUCACCUGUCUGACAGGUUGCCAUGGCGAGGCUGAAUCUGGUGCUAUGGAGUUCCGCUGUUUGCUUGUUCGAGAGUGUCACCUUGACACCACGCUGUCUGUGGCUCGUUGGCGUGGCUGUUAUUCAUGUUGUUGGAGUGGCAGUCCCCCCAACCCAGCCUGGGGUAUCCCAAGACGGGGGAAAAAAGUGGUUGUUGUCUGAAGCAGCACAGACUCCAAUUUUGUCGGGGCACGUAGAUGCAUUGCCCUUUCAGCUCUACAGUCUUUCUGUUGCUGUCUGAGCAAAUAAAGGCCAAAAGUGAGAGCAUAUGGAGAAGGAAUGAAACAAACUAUUUCAGGUAACACUUUAUAUUAACCACUAAUGAAAACAUUCUUAGCAGGUGGAUCAGUGGCUUUUCUAAAGUAGACAUCACUCACUUCUCAUUGACCUAAGGGCACCAACACAUGAUAAGUCAACCACUGACUUACACAUUCAACACCUUUCGUACAUCAUGUGUAAGUGGUGGGUGCCGUCUUCUUUAGGACAAGCACUGCAAAACAGUUAAUUUGUGUUUGUAACAUUUUAUCAAUAUACUGUAUUAAUUAAAGGUUUAUUAACCUUAAUAUAAAGUGUUACCCUUAACAAAAUAGAAAUGCUAGUUGACGUUUCUUGACAGUGCUUUAGUACUCUGCUGCCAAGUGGCGGCUUUGGACAGCAUUAUACCUGGACAGCUACUUCAUCACUGGCACUUUGGCGUAGAGCACCGCCCAGGCACACUGGUCCCUUUUGCUUCCAGUGAAGGGCAUACAGUAUGUUUGAAUCCAGAAUUGAAAAUUACACCAUCUGUGUGAAGAAAGAACUCCAAUGUAAUGCAGAUCAUGUUUAUAUCAGAGGGUCAUUAGCGCAAGGCAGCUGUGACAUCACUAAGGCGCGUAUGAAGAGAGCAUCUACUUUGUACCGUGGUCAGACAAUGAAACCCUUGACAGGCCUCUGUUCAUGUGCUCGUGAGGGCACCCCCAUAGUUUUCAGCCUCGGUGCCAACGAGCACUGUGCUGGUACUUGAAUGGGUUAUAACCUUGCCUUAAGAAUGCUGUGCAUUGUGCCAUUCACUGUAUGCAUUUCCUGCUUCUGUCAGUUGGAGACCCCCACCAGACAGCCCUGAAUAACUCCAUGUGGACUCAAGGCCACGCCUGGACAUUGUAAUGACGAUACUGUCACUCAAUCGUGUUUUAUAGACUAUUACAGUACACACCCUGUCCAAAUGGCUCCACGCACAGAAGCAAUUACACCCCUACAGCUCCCUGUAUAAUCACAUUUUAAGAUAUGUCACCUGCAGUUCAGCGUCAUCUUGGCAUUGCUAUUGUGAACAAAAGUGAUCAUGAAAAAAAAUAAAGUUGGUAACAUGCCAUUUA